CACUUUAGGGGCAGAUCCUUGGCAACUAUACUGCAAGACAGUUCCUCAACUCACAAAAGCAAUCUACCUUGUUUGAACAUUUCAUAGAAAUCUGCGUUUCACCAUAAAUCGGACAUUUAAACCUUGCAUUUGAAUCGAAGUUUUCCAAUAUUGCUCUGAUACCAUCCGUAAUCAAGCUGUACAACAUGACAACGGCGAUUUUUAAACUUCUUCUGUUGGGAUUUAUCAGCGAAGAAAUAUAUGUCUACGGUGCACUUCGAUCGAUCGGACCAGGACAGACCUAUCCAAACGCUAAAGAAAUAGACACGUGUGGAAAUAUCAGAGACAUUAUCAAAAGAAAUUCAGCUCGCUUUAGGAAAAUCCUUGUCAGGAACACCAACAGCGAAAUCGUGUUUGCCAACGACGAUUGUCGACGAAUGACGGCGCGAGCUAAAAGUAAGUUGGAUGUAUUGGGUUCCAGAGUUAAACGACAGUGGAGUAAUGCAAAGCUGAAGGUGUUGUUGGCUUGGACAGAUCAAAUAAUUCCUCAGGCGCCGAUCUCGCUACAUUACGAAGGACGAGCCCUUCGUCUCCAGACUUCCGACGGCGACAGAAAAAAACUGUCCACUCUAGCAGGCCUGGCUGUACAGGCUGGAUUUGACUGGGUUCACUACGCAACAAGUUCAUACAUUCAUGCCAGUGUCAUCCGAGAUGUUUGUCAAACGUCAGUUGAUUUGGCCUUUAUACUGGACGGUUCAGGCAGUGUCGGAAGCUAUAACUUCAACCAAGUAAAGAACUUUGUCAAAAAUGUCGUGGACUUUUUCAACAUUGGUUCAUCCGGGACACACGUGGCUGUCGUGACGUAUUCAACAUAUUCAAGACUGGAGUUCAAUCUAAAAGCGUAUUACACGAAGUCAUCGAUCAAGAACGCAGUUAGCUAUAUUGGAUACCGAGGGGGGUGGACUUAUACAGCGGAUGCUUUGGAUUUUACACGCCAGAAUAUUUUCAGUAAAUCUCAGGGCAUGCGUCCAGACCAAGGAAUUCCCAAGGUGACCGUCUUGCUCACUGACGGCUACUCUAAUGGGCGCGCCGUGGCCGGCCCUGCCAAUCAGCUGCGUAAGCUCGGCGUGAAUAUCUUUUCCAUUGGUGUGGGUAAUUACGUCAACCCUGCGGAACUGAACGUCAUUGCCUCGGAUCCCGAUAGCACACACGUGUUUCGAAUGAACAGUUUUAAUGACUUGGCUGGCUGGGUGGACAAGCUCAGUGCUGUGUCCUGCGAUGAGGGUGCCUCGAUCUCGUCCUGUGACGAUACAAUCACGACUGUUGAGAGCGACACGUUUAAAUAUUUCAGAACUCAGUUCACUACCGUGGCGAAAAACAGAAUAUCUGUUGAAGUCAGGGACAUCGAAGGAGUCUCUCAUCUCUACGCAUCGUUAACCAGCACUAACCCAGGCCCCAUGGACCCUGCCUCGUCCAAGAAUGAAAGCAAUGUCUCUCCUCGUGCCAUUUCUCUGUCUCUAUCUACAUCGAACAAGAUCGUCUAUGUCGCUGUCCAAGGCCAACAACAAAGCAAUAAAUUCAAGCUGUCCAUGUGGGAUGCUCUCUUUACCAAAGACACUUACGUGACCAGUGUCACAGAAGAACAGUCUGCGCCUGUCACGGUGCUAGAUACGAACCUCACACCAUACGCUUACAAGCUCAAGUACAGCAUAGUUGAGGGGAACCCGGGAUGUUUUACAAUUGACCCAGACACUGGAACAAUCAGAACAACAAAGACUUUAGACCGCGAGACACGGGAAUCGUACCGCUUAACAGUUCUUGGGCAGAACACACAAAACCGCUGCCACAAAGGUCGCGCUGUUGUUCUUGUUAACGUAGGCGAUAUUAACGACCAUGCGCCCGCCUUCGACCUCGCCCAGUAUUCAGCCACUGUACUAGAGGAAAAACCCAGCGGUACCUUUGUUGCCACGGUUACUGCCACUGACAAAGAUACUGGUACCAACGCUCAGCUUACUUACAGCAUUACGUCAGGAAAUGACGGUAACAGAUUCACCAUUGACAGCAAAGGGGAAGUCAGAACUACUCAAAUGUUAAACUUUGAAGCCAAAAGUAAAUACACUCUGGAAAUUAAGGUUCAAGAUGGCGGACAGCCUCCUAAGAGCGACACUGCCACACUUGCAGUCAUUGUGCAAGAUGUAAACGAGCCUCCGUAUUUUAUGGAAGCCUGCGCACGUAACAACACUUGUAAAUACACGGUGGCGGAAAAUAACAACCGUAACGCCCAGCUGGGCGUGAUACAAGCCCAAGAUCCCGACACGAGCUGUAGCUCUUUAACUUACAAGAUCACCACAGAACAGUCGCAGAACACAAAAGUUUUCGCAAUUAGUAACAGUGGACAAAUCUCAGUUCUUUCAAAAUUGGACCGCGAAUUUAAAUCGCACUACACUGCAGUUAUCACGGUUCAGGACUGCGGAAAGCCAGCGCUAAAGGUAUCGACACGAAUACAAGUCGAGGUCCUUGAUGUUAAUGACGAGAGCCCAACAUUCGCUUUCAAGUCAUACAAGGCUUCUGCGCACGAAAACAUUGCUGUGGCAAGUACCGUCCUGCAAGUUUCUGCCUCUGAUGCCGACACAGGAACGAACUCCGAGCUGUCCUACAGUUUAGAAUCUGGCGACGUGGCCGCAUUUUCAAUCGAUCAAAAGACUGGAACUAUCUCGAGUAAAAAGACGUUUGACAGAGAAACCAAAGCAUCGUACAGCCUAACUGUGCGCGUCACUGAUCAUGGGCAAAGCCCGCUUCACGACACGACCACGGUGGAUAUUACAAUCUUAGAUAUUAACGAUAACAGCCCUAAAAUCAACAACUUACCGGCGACAGAACAAGUGACUGAAGGGAAGAAUAUUGGGGAUACUUUAUUCACUGUCUCUGCGUCAGAUAAGGAUCAAGGUGUAAAUGCUGCUCUGCGAUAUUACAUAGACACAGGGAAUGGACAGAACUCGUUCAAUCUUGAGGCAAAAACAGGCGCUUUAACGCUCGCCCGCAAACUGGAUUACGAAACAAGGACUAGCUAUACACUCAACAUCCGGGUAACAGACAGAGGAAACCCGCCCCUGUCUUCCUCCGCUCAGCUCCAAAUCCAAGUCCAAGACGAGAACGACAAUACGCCAGUGUUUAGCAUGUCAUCAUAUCGAGCGACAGUGCAAGAAAAUACAGCAAAAGGAAAAUCUUUCUUUAAGGUAACAGCUACAGAUUUAGAUUCUGGAUCAAACGGAGAAAUUUCGUAUAAUAUCGACAAAGGCGACACUGGAGAUGCUUUUGAAAUCGAUGGAAAAGGCAACCUGCUGAUCAAAACUUCGCCUGACUUUGAGACCAAGGCACAAUACGACUUGAUUGUGAAUGCAUCGGACAAUGGAAAACCCGCAAAGUCAGCUUUAGCGACAGUGAAGGUUACGAUUGAAGACGUGAAUGACCAUGAGCCCGCGUUCAAUCAGUCCAGUUACAGCUUUACUGUCAGCGAAGGAGUUGAUUUGCGGGGGAGGGUUGGGGAAGUGUAUGCGACAGAUAUGGACUCGGGACCCAGAGGCAGAGUGGUGUACUCCAUUACAGGUGGUAAUGUCGGCAAAGCAUUCUCCAUUGACGGAAAUACAGGCGUUAUCAGUGUCCUAUCAAAACUCGAUAGGGAAAGCAGGGAUCUUUAUACUCUCAAUGUGGAAGCUCGUGAUGGUGGAAAUCCGUCGAAAGAUUCUGUCGUGGAUGUUAAAAUAACGAUUACAGAUGUCAACGACAACAAACCUCUCUUUGACAAACCGAGCUACAGCGCGUCCAUUGACGAGGACGCAGCUCCAGGCACGUCUGUGGAAAAAGUGUUCGCUACAGAUAACGACAUGGGUAAAAAUAAGGAGAUAACUUACAUAAUCAAGACCGGUAAUGAAGAAGGCAAGUUUAACCUGAAUGAUAACACCGGUGAAAUAACUCUUAAUCAGACCCUUGAUCACGAGACGAAGACUUCUUACGCUCUUGUUGUGACCGCAAGUGAUCAUGGAAGCCCUCCUUUGACGUCAUCGGUUGAUGUCAUGGUGACAGUCAAUGACGUUAAUGACAACGCGCCGUUGUUUCCAAAGUCACUGUAUAACUGCACUGUUGCUGAAAACUUGGCCAGCGGUGUUGCUGUGUGUUACGUCACCGCUAGUGAUGCAGACUCUGGUGCGAAUGGUCAGCUGUUUUACUCUAUCGUAACAGGCGAUACUGGCAAAGCUUUCGGGAUAAAUACGGGCACGGGAGAAAUAACCACCGACCGUACAUUGGACAGAGAGACCAUUUCUGUGUACAACUUGACAGUUAAGGCACAGGACGGGCUGUCGAGAGCUGACAAGUCUUCAUUUAGUGCUACAACGUCCGUGGUAGUCUAUAUUCUGGACGAAAAUGAUAACGUACCGAUAUUUAACCAGUCCAUGUACACAUUUCACGUUCUAGAAAACGCAGCGAAGUUUCAUGUAGUUGGUUUAGUGACAGCGACAGAUAAAGAUGCCGGGCUUAACGGAAUGGUAACUUAUCGCAUUUCCGCGGGAAAUUCCCGUGACAGUUUUAAGAUCAAUCCUUCGUCUGGUGUGAUUACAGUUAAAUCAGCACUAGACCGCGAAGUCCAGGCAGAGUUUUCUCUUACAGUGGUAGCAAAGGACUCUGGGACGCCCUCGUUGUCGGCCAGCGUGGUUGUCAAGGUGAUAAUUGAUGACGUCAAUGAUAACGCGCCCGUGUUCAGUCAGCAGAUGUUUUAUGGCAGCAUAAGUGAGGAUGCCUCGUCUGGUUCUACGGUCCUUAAGGUGGAGGCAAAGGAUGACGAUGAAGGAACUAAUGGUCAGUUGCAGUUUGAUCUCCAAGGAAAGGGCAGAGAUAAUUUCACUAUCGAUUCACGCGGAUUCAUUCACACCGCCACACCCUUGGACUACGAAAAGACCAGUUCCUAUAUCCUUACUGUCACUGCAAAGGAUGGUGGAUCUCCAGCGAACUCGGCAUCUGCGCAAGUCAACAUCACUGUCUUAAACGUUGACGACAAUGUUCCUGUUUUCCAGACCUCCUCACAAGUGUCGAAGAUCCGCGAAGACGUUGCCGUGGGUACACGCGUUGUACGCCUAAACGCGACAGACGCCGAUGGAAAUGAGCUGAAGUUUGAUAUAUUGCGUGGAAAUAAGGGUGGGGCUUUUGAAAUUCAUAAUAAAAGUGGACUCAUAACGGUUGCGGCAAAGCUUGAUCGUGAAACAACUGAAAAGUACAUUUUGGCUGUGGAAGCUGCUGAUACGGGCUUUAAAUCCGUUACCCACAAUGCAACUAUCCAGGUUAUUGACGUGAAUGAUAAUGCACCGGAAUUCACACAAGCGAGUUAUUCCAAGAAUAUCAUGGAAAACCUUCCAUCAGGGCAGCCGAUUGCUAACGUUACUGCAACGGAUAAAGACAAAGGCGUGAACUCACUUGUCAGCUACAAGAUAACAUCAGGCGAUAGCAAGAAGUUUACAAUUGACUCCAAAACCGGAGUUAUAACUUCGUCUGAGAAGCUAGACCGCGAAGAAGCCGUGUCUUAUAACCUGGUGAUUACCGCGAGAGACCAUGGAACACCCUCGCUGUCAUCCACAGUGUUAGUAUCUGUAAAGGUUCUUGAUGAAAAUGACAACGCGCCAAAAUUCUCGCUCCCUUUCUACCAGGCGUCCGUUCUUGAAAACACCGCCAUCAACACAAACAUUCUUCGUGUGACGGCCACAGAUCCGGACGAUGGUACUAACGGACUUGUCACCUUCUCGAUUGUAUCCGGGAACACAGACGACGCAUUUGCGAUAGAUAACUCCACCGGAUUUCUAUGUGUCAAGCAAAAUCUUGACCGAGAAGCUGUCGCUUUCUACAGUUUGCUCAUCAGCGCGUCAGACAAUGCUCCGAAACCAAAAAGCGACUUUGUCCGUGUCAAUUUCACAGUCCUGGACGAAAACGACAACAGCCCCAUAUUUGUCAAUGUGGCAAACUUUACCAUUGUGGAAAAUUCCGCUUUAGGUACCAAUGUGGGCUCAAUUUCUGCAACAGAUUCUGAUGGUGGUAGUAAUGGUCAAGUACGCUACUCAAUAGUGAAAGGCAAUAAAGAUGAUGUGUUCCAGGUAAACCCAAUUUCUGGCAAGAUAACGGUCAAUGGGAAAAUCGAUCGAGAGAAAAUGGCCAGUUAUACACUGACGUUAAUGGCAUCCGACCAAGGGAAACCAGCAAUGAAAACCGAAAAGGACUUCUUUAUUACUGUUGAAGACCAAAAUGAUAAUCCACCUGAAUUUGAUGCUCAAGAAUUCCGAGGUUCAGUCAAGGAGAACAUCCCUGCCGUUUCCAACGUUGUUCAAGUGAAAGCAAGUGAUAAAGACGCUGGCCUCAAUGCAGUCAUCAGUUACAGUAUCACAGCAGGGAACUCUAUGUCAUACUUCGUUAUAGACUCACAAACCGGUAACAUUAACGCAACGAGCUCAAUAGACUUUGAGAAGACGCCUUCAUUUAAUUUAACCGUUUCUGCCACAGAUUCCAAAUUCGACUCGUUCGCCCAGGUGAUCAUUGAGAUCAUCAAUGAGAACGAUAACAAACCUUCCUUUAAACAAGCAAAUUACAUGGCAAGUGUUGCAGAAAAUUCCGCUGCCUUGACAUCUGUCAUCACAGUCGCUGCCUUGGACGUCGAUCCUUUCGGUCAGCUGACAUACUCUAUAGAAUCGGUUCAACCAGGUAACCAUAGUGACGCAUUCAGCGUAGAUUUAGCCACGGGGCUGAUCACCACCGCUGAUGUACUGGACCGAGAAAUGAUUGACAGAUAUGUCAUCACUGUAAGGGUGAUUGACGGUGGAGAACCGGCUCUAACUGGUUUUGCUACUGUCGCGGUAAACGUGACAGACAAGAAUGACAACCCACCCGUUUUCAACGCCUCUUCUCUCAAGACUGUCGUUUCUGAAGCAUCAGCUAUUUCAUCCUUUGUUACACAGAUCAGUGCUCUCGAUGCAGAUUCUGGGAGCAAUGCCAGAAUUUCUUACAGAAUAAGCUCUGGUAAUGACAUGUCCGCCUUUGUGAUCGCCCCCGACUCUGGUAUUAUAAGAACCAAUGCAAAACUUGACAGAGAGACUGUUCCAGACUAUGCCUUAACAUGCGAGGCCAUUGACCAUGGACAGCCGCAGCGCAGCUCAAUGCCAAUCAUCGUCCACGUGACGGUAUCAGAUGUAAACGACAACGCACCCAUAUUUGGACAGUCCGUGUACGUUGUCAACGUGACUGAAGACGUGACAUCCGGGACUGUCGUAAAGGAAAUGCAUGCCAUAGAUAGUGAUGCCGGACUUAAUGGAGUGGUUAUUUACAGUAUUACAGCCGGAAAUGACGAUAGCUCGUUUGAUAUUGGUAACGGAACGGGUGUUGUUACCGUCUCUAAAGGCGUGGACCGGGAAAGGCGUGACUCUUACACAUUAACUAUCACAGCAAGUGAUUUAGGGAGUCCACAGCAAAGCACAUCUGUACAACUGAAAAUCACGGUUAACGACGCUAACGACAACAGACCGCUGUUUAAUACGUCCUCUCUUCAGGGCGCCAUCUUGGAAAAUUCCCCCGCCGGAAGCUCUGUCAUGCGCAUUAUUGCCACAGACGCUGAUGUCGGAAUGAACGCGCAGCUGGAGUUUAACUUCACUACAAUUGAGUACUCUGACGUUUUCUCUCUAAAUCCAACAACCGGAGAAGUCACAGCGCUGAAGCCACUUGACCGAGAAAAGCAAGAUCACUACACGUUGAAAAUCAGCGUCAGCGAUCAUGGAGAUCCGCGGCUGUCGUCAUCAGCUGACGUCACGAUCAACGUCAUUGAUGUUGAUGACAACUGUCCCAAGUUUCAGCCAGCGGUGUAUAAUAAAAGCAUUAGUGAGAAUUUACCGUUCAAUCAGAGCAUAAUCCAAGUGACGGCUACUGAUGUCGAUGUAAAAGAUAAUGAAAAGAUGAUGUAUGCAAUUUGGAGUGGAAACCAGGGAGGUGCAUUUACCAUUGACAGAAACGGUUUCCUGAGGGUGAGCUCGGCUGGAGUUGACCGAGAAGUGACCGACACUUUCCGACUUGUGGUCCGCGCAGGUCGCCAAGACUGUGGUGUAAACAACACAGAUGGAGACGACAACCAGGCCGAGGGAGGAUCCGAGGACAAGUUAGCUUCCACUGCUAUCGUCAACCUUAUAGUAACCGAUGAAAACGAUAACCCUCCUCGCUUCAAGUUUCCUUCGUAUGAAUUCGAGCUCGAUGGUCUCAACGACACCGACAUCGGCCGAGUUACAGCGAUCGAUGACGAUCUAGGCUCGGGCGGGAUCGUGAAAUUCCGACUUCUCGGACAGACUGAGGUUGCGAAAAAGUGGAAAGUGACUGUUCAAGCUUACGACUUAGGAACUCCAAGUCUGAACAGCUCGAUUGACGUCAUAAUCGCAUCAAGGAUUACUUGUGAGGCGAUGGUGUUUAACAUCACUGAAGAUGGUUUAAUAACGGCCGACACUUUGUGUGAUUUCGUGGAAUUUCCGAGAGGAGCAACGCAUCUUGUGGGCGACAAAUAUCAACUGAAAUGUUCUGCCAAGGGUAACACGAAACCUCAAUAUCGCUGGAUGAAAGACGGUCGCUUUGUCUCCAACUGGAAUGAUUUCGGUGAUUACGUCAUGGAACACGUGACCGAGGAACACCAAGGUGGCUACUCUUGCCUGGCUUCAAGUUCAGCUGGUUUGUUACAGUCUAGCGUGGCUUACAUGACAGUGAAUGAUCCACCAAAAAUCGCGACUCACCCAAGUAACAGUAGUGUGGAGCUCGGUGGUGAGGUGACACUGGCGUGCAGGGCAUCUGGAGACCCGCUGCCGACAUUUAAAUGGUACAAGGACAACAUCCCGAUGGUGGAAACAGACGAUAUAAAUCCUUUUGUGCCGGAGCUUGUUCUGAAAGACGCCCUCGCUCAGGACGAAGCUUGGUAUUUGUGUGAAGCUACCAAUGUGGCUGGUACAGUGAGAUCCAACUCGGCUUCACUAAAAGUGUUUGGCAAAAAGGCACUGGUUUCUAUGACGCUGUCUGUGACAAAACUGAAUCGAGAAGGAACAUGUCAUGUAUUUGACAUCAAAGAGUUUAAAAAACUCCUAAGCAGAGCAUUAAACGCUAACGUGGAGAUAACCGGUUUCUCGGCUCCCAAGAGGUGUGAGGAACACCCUUGUAAUUCAAAUCCGUGUAAAAAUGGCGCUGUUUGCUCCAAAGAGGGUUCUCAGUACGAUUGCUUGUGUAAACCGGGAUGGUCUGGAGACCAUUGUGAACUGGAUUACGAUGAAUGUAGUGGAGAUCCUUGCUUUUACAAUGGUUCUUGUAGCAACACAGCUGGUUCGUACAAAUGUAACUGCAUAUCCUCCAAGACAGGGAAGAAAUGUGAACUAGAGAAAACAGCGUGUGACAACAGCACAUGCAAAAGCUCUGAAAUCUGUGCUCUGUCUGAGAGAUCGCCUAACGGAUAUCAGUGCGUAGACAAGAAACUUGAGAUUGCCAUGGUGUUGGGUGGAGACGAGCGUAGCAGUGUGUUUGAUCUGGAGACGGAAAUAGAGAAUUUGGUCAAGUCUGCUCCAAACAACGCCAAUUCGAGUGUCUCUGGCAGGAGAAUACGAAGAACUAACGUUAGAAACACAGAUUACGGCUCCUGCACAGUCCGUGUUAUUCGUUACACUGAGGAUAAGGUUCACUUUGUGUUGCUCUGUCCACCGGAAAUGAAGCCAUUUGAGCCGCAAAACGCGCAACAGUUUAUUUGUGGUUUGAUGUUUGACGCUGAAAAAUCAACGUCUUGUGGUGGAAGUGACUCCAUGAAAACGCCGAUUCCACCAACAACCUUACCUCCUCUUGAGCCGCUGGAGGUCAAGUUAACAUUAUUUGCUCGAGACAGUGAAUCUGGAAGUGAUUUGACGGCCGGUAAAGUUGUUGAAAUGAUCAACAGUGGAGAAGCCGAGGAUUUAGAGCAGUAUGGCUUCAAAGUGGAAAGUGCUUCAACCAGUUACACAGAACCACAGACAGCUAAGCCGUCGUCAAAGACUGGUUUAAUCGUAGGUUUGACGAUUGGCUUCUUUGUUCUCAUCGUCUGCGUGGCUGCCGUUGCUUUUGUUGUCAAAAAAGGGCGAAACAAACCUACGAAUUUCCACCACUCAUUUCAACAAAGAGCGGUAAUGACACGAAUGGAUAGUGAAGAAUCUAUACUCCAGAGAGACAGGUCUGUCAAGGACAUCUGUCGCUCAGAGAAACACUACCUCAAUGUAGCUUAUGACGAGAAUUGUGAUGUUUCUGACGAUGAAGAACAACAAUUCAUGGUUCAAGUUGAUCUUGGUAAACCAAAAAACAAGAAAUCAGCCACGGUAUGCAACGAGCCAUACUUCUACGAAAAGAUCACAAUACUGGAAGCUGAGGAAAUGCUUUCUUCAAUGGUGAAACCAGGCACGUUCCUUGUUCGCGAAGGCCCUAACAGCAAUGAGUUCUUUCUGACGGUACGGGCACCCGAAGGGGGACCAGCAUUCAGGCACUUGCCUUUCAGAUAUGACAAGGUCAGCGACGGCUUGGUUGCUCAGUUUGGUUCAAUGGAAGACGACAUGACUUUCAAAUCAAUGGAUGAGCUUGUUAGCUAUUUCCAAGUCACGCCGAUCAACUUUGACGAGGAUUCACCAGAUGUGGUCCUGACCCAUCCCUGGAAUAAGAGUGUGGUCUAAAGCAGUGCAAUUAGUUUGCAAUUGAAUGUAUUGAAAGCGUGCUUUGUUUUGUUAACACCUAUCCACUGGAUAGCGUUGUCCAGCCUUCGAACAACUGGGGCCGGUACAGUAGAAAUGCAGGCGUCAAGAAAUUUUUAAGAAAUCGAAAACAAAAAAGUUAUGCGUUAAGCCAGUGAGCCAGAAGAGAAUACCUCAGCAUUUUCAACCAUACUUUAUAGCCGAGCGUAGUUCGGACCUGUUUAGAUUGUCAGUUAAGUGUAAUUUCCAGAUAAGCUUCUUGAGGAUUUUGGUAGUCUUACUUGAGUGAGCUUUGCUACGAAUGUGAUAUAUAAGUUGUUUUGUCGAUUUUUUUGAGAAACUUCAUUCAAUCGGCUGACAGGAAUUGCUGAAUAUAGCUACAAUGUUUAGGUAUAGUUUGCAUGGCGCUGAAAUAUCUGAUCAGCGAUAUUACCCUAAACUGAAAUUCCCCAAAGGCCUCAUAAAGCUGCACCUCCCUUCUUUCAGCGCCUUUCUUCAACCUCUAAAAGUCGCCUCUUAAAGAGGACAAGAGAGAAGAUCUACAAUCCCCGACAAAAGACAAAAAAGUUUUGGCACGCUUGCCCACCUUUGCAGUAUCUGUCAGGGAAAUAUAUCAGCUCGCCCCCCUCCCCCCAAUUCAAUGUUGUUUACGCAUUUACGUGCCAUCUGAUCCAGGCGUGCCAAGGACUUAUGUCGUGGAUUGUAGGCUGGCGACGAAACAAGAUUUCAAUCCUUUGCCAUCCCUUGUCAAGAUGAUCAAGUUGCUCUUGAUCAUUGGUUUAUCAUAAAGUCUUCCCCCCAUCCCGUCCCUUGAAGCGAAGUAAUCUUGGUUGGGGGGGGGGGGGGGUAAUUUAAAAGGCUUUACAUGUAACAUCAAUUUCCAUUGAUGAUUGAAAUAUAUGUAUAUAAUUAUGCUCUGUAAUAUUUAAUUAGUAAUAAUUAAAAUUGAACCAUUUCUGCAACAUUCUUCGAAAUAGGAGACGGUCCGAUAGAUAAUGUAUUAUAAUUUGCUUCGACCAUUGCAAAAUCGACAGAGGCUGUGAUAAAUAUGAUUGUGAAAUAUUUUAACAACACGCCACUGGCCUGAAUAUGUAAAUUUUUGCCGAGCAAUAAAGUUCAUUUUAAAAAUUUU